UGUCCACCUGCUAUUCAAGAGUGCAGGGACAUCUUUGAUAGAGUAUAUGCACCCAAGAGCGCUGAAAAUUCCAGCCAACAAUACUAUGUACGUGCCACACUCAAGUUCGAUGGUAUUAUGUACAGUAGGGCAUCUACGCACUUGGGCAACAGCCAAAUUCUCUUCUACCCCCGAGGAGACCAAACAUUGACCCCUGUCCCUGCCAGCAUCAAAUACAUCUAUGGCACACUGAUGGGAGAACUUUCGUUUGCUGCACAGAGAUAUCUCCCGCCGGAUUGUCACGAUGGCAUGAUCGAUCCCUUCUCGAUUUACCCUGAUUUCACUGCAAAAAUGUACUCAAUGGAGUUGGAGAGUCGCCUAGAAAAUGUUAAGGUAACCUGGGCGGUCAGUCACUUCGCACGAUGGACGGUUUCCACCCGUCACGCAGUGAUUCUAUCCCUAUCUCGUGAUUAA